UUACUCAAUCGGGAAAUUUAGAGCCACGAAAUGAAAUCCAGAGUUGUGCCAAAAUGGAAAUGGAUGCUAACAUUUAACAAUGGCCAAAGAAAAGAAACCAAUUCACUUUUAAUAUUAUCCUCUCUUCUUCUUCUUCUUCUUCUUCUUCUUCAUUUGCUGUUUGGUGGUUCCGUUUCUGUUUUCCAGAGGCGGCGAAGAUGGCGAUGAAGAUGGCCAUCACUGCUUCCACCACUCCCACAAAUCACUCACCUCCUUCCUCACACAGAGACAGAUCCGCUUCCAAAUCGCAAUUCAGACCCAUCUCCGUUGCCCUACCGGCGUCCACUACCCUCUCUCUCUUAGCCCUGUUCUCUCCUCCCUACGAGGCUAGGGCUCUCAACAAAGACCAAAUCGUCUCAUCUCUCACUGAAGUGGAGAAGACGAUGAGUCAGGUUCAAGAAGCGGGCUCCAGUUUCUUGGAUAUUACACAGAAGGUCAUUGACUCUGCCGCAAAUGUUUUGAAGCCGGGCGUUGAUGCUGCGCUGCCGAUUGUGAAGCAGGCUGGAGAAGAGGCGCUGAAGGUUGCUUCUCCGACAAUUUCUGAGGCUUCCAAGAAAGCCAUCCAAGCACUCCAGGGCUCUGGCAUUGACACCGAGCCCGUUCUAAGUGCUGCUAAGACUGUAGUAGGUGCAGCACAACAAACUGGUAAGGUCAUUGAAGGUGCCAAGCCUAUAGCUUCAUCAACUGUCGAGACGAUCUCCGCAGCGGAUCCUCUUGUAAUCGUGGAAAUUGCUGGAGUCUUAGGACUGGCAUACCUGCUAUUUCCUCCCAUUUGGUCUGCCAUCUCCUUCGGCUUUCGUGGUUACAAAGGUGAAAUCUCUCCUGCUCAAACUCUUGAUCUAAUAUCGUCGAGAGAUUAUUUUCUAAUUGAUAUACGAUCAGAGAAGGACAAGGAUAAGGCUGGCAUUCCUCGCCUUCCUUCCACCGCGAAAAACAAGAUGAUUCCCAUUCCUUUGGAAGAAUUACCGAGCAAGUUGCGGGGCAUUGUCCGAAAUGUAAAGAAACUAGAAUCUGAACUGACGGCGAUCAAGAUUUCAUAUCUCAAGAAACUUAACAGAGGCUCCAAUAUAGUGAUCUUAGGCUCGUAUGCAGACUCGGAAAAAGCAGUUGCAAAAGCACUGACAAGCCUUGGCUUCAAGAACUCUUGGAUUGUAACUGAUGGGUUUUCAGGUAGCAAAGGUUGGUUACAGAGUCGGUUAGGAACAGAUUCGUAUAAGUUCUCCUUCGCAGAGGUCCUUUUGCCAUCCCGAGUUAUCCCAGCAGCAACCAAACGUUUCGGGACGACUUCAUUGACAUCUACAUCUGGUCAAAAAUUGCUACCUGGGGCUGAUUAAAAUUCUGGCUAUUCAUGCUUGGCACUCAACAGGUUUCCUUCCCACGCUCCAUAGGAUUUGUAAAUUAUCCCCUGUAAUCCUUGAUUUGAUUUUUGUCUUCGUAUCUAGCCUCAGUUACUGCUUGCUGCUGUAUUUCGCGGGUUGUAUAAUGGUGAAAAGGUAGAAAUAGCAUCA